AUGUCUGCGUGUGUUGUAACCAGAAAUUAUGCCAAGCUGUUAAAUAGGAAUACAACAAACUCUCCAGGGAAAAAAGGUAAGUUAAAAGAUGAUAAUGAUCUUGAGUUCUUUAGAAGGUUUCUGAAAGAAAGCAAAACUGGAUCAAAAGUAUUAAACGAAAAAAAUAUAAACAUUGAGAACACACCUACAGAAGCUGAUCUGCAAGAAAAUGGAAACAGUAGUGAAGAAAAUCCGAAGAGUUCCAGUAAGAGAUUGGACUGGUACAUUGCAUUGCAGAAUGGAAUAAAGGAAUCAAAUAUAGACAAAAUUUCUGAUAUAAGAGCACAACUUUAUGUCUUUACUAUGGAACCCAAAGUAAAAGAACUAUCUAGUGAUUUUAUGAGCUCUCUAAGUCCAUUUCUUGAAAAUUUCGGGUCCCAGGUACUUGCGGAUACUCUACAAAAAGAUCCGCAGUAUAGUAUUAUUUAUCAGAAGAAUCCAAAUAUGGCGUACCUUCUUGCGGCCGCCUCAUAUCUUGAAGGUCUUGAGACAGCCCAGGUGAUAGAUAGUAGAAUGGCUAUAAAGCGUGAAGCCAUUCCAGAUGAAUUACUUUAUGAGGAAUUCCACGACGAGCUUCAUAAUUAUGAAAGAGAGAAAAGAAAAUUUAAACAAGCAUCCAUAAGUUCGGUGGUUAAAGCAUUCUUAAGUUUACCUGAAUCGCCCUUUCUUUACUUGCCUUCUUAUGAUUUGGAAAUAUUCCUACAUUUCUUGGUUGAAAGUGAGGAAGAAGUUGAUCCAGAAAUUUUAGCCACGUUGUACUCUAAUCUUAUGGAAUGUGGAAUUCCUAUGACACCAGAUGAAAGUAUACAAUUUCUCUGGGCAAAAUUGAAGCUAUUACGGACGUUCGAUAUUUCAGCAUACGAAAUUCUACGAAUGGGUCCAAGACCCCCUGAUGACAGAAGGUUGUGCGAACAGUAUAAUUUAUUUCUUGAAUGCGCCCUAAAUUAUGGAGAUUUCAAUCUAUUUAGCCGCAUAAUGAAGGACAUGGAUGAUGAAGAUCUCCAGCCAAACAGAAAGACGUUUAGAUUGUUCUCGGAGUAUUUUACGGCGACGAGGGACUUAACUAAUUUUCUUAAUUUAUGGAAGCUUCGAGUCGAAAAUUAUCAAUUGAUUCUCACGGCAGAGGACUUUACAUCCCUCAUUACUGGUCUUUUGAAAAUGGAUGAUACGGAAGCAGUUUCCUUUGCAGGAGAUGUUUUCUUCUAUCUCGACCUCAUCAGAAAGACCUACCGAAAUGUUUACAAGGAUGAUAUUAAAAGUCAACACUUGGUUGGUGCAUUGGAGAUGGAUAAUUCGAGGAUUUUACCGGGUAAUAUUUUAAUGGAUAUUUAUGACUUAUGUGUUUCUGAGCAAGAAAUUAUUAUGAUUUAUCCUCACAUUUCACAAGAAAUAUAUGAUAGUCUUAUUGAAUCGUGUGACACGAUUUCGCAGUUGCAAGAGUGGAUAUUAAAGAUGGAUCAGGAACACAUAUCCCAAACAGCAAAAAGCUUCUCUCUCAUAAUUGAAAAACUUCAUGAGAAGAGACAAAUUCUCAAGUUUGAAGUUUUCAAGAAAAUCAUUUUCGAUCUACUCAGUAACGGAGAUACCGCACUUCAUAUGAUCUUAAUAUCAAAGAAUCUAAGACUUUUUACGGAGAUGUGUGAAAUGUAUGUGCGAUCCGGAGAUUUGAAGUCUGAAAGCAGUUUGAGCUCUUUUGAAACUGUCAAAACGUUAUUGCCACAGUUGGAGAGUUAUGAACAAAUAGGAAUUGCCAAUCUAGGAACCGGGAAAAAGAAUAUGGUCGAGUUAAGUGCAAAGCUCUUUAAAGCAAUCAUGAAUUUGGUCAAACCAAAUGAUGUCUAG